AUGGCUUCCAAACUAGGUACCCAGCAGAACGAACAAGAAUUUUUCGACCUGACUCUAUUUCGUAAACUAGCAGGAUCAUUACAGUACCUAUCCAAUACAAGACCCAACAUCGCCUUUGCAACCAACUCAAUUUGUCAACGAAUGCAUCAUCCCCGCAAUUGUGAUUUUCAUGCACUCAAGCGGCUACUACGCUACAUAAAAGGCACUCUCAACUUCGGCUUACCAAUCACCCAUGGCAAUCUACAACUUCGCACAUAUACGGAUGCAGAUUGGGCGGCCGAUCCCACCGAUCGGAAGUCCACUACCGGAUACUGCACCUUCCUUGGUCUGAACCUUAUUUCCUGGUCCGUCAAGAAACAAAGCACAGUUGUCAAAUCAUCUACAGAAGCGGAAUACAUGUCACUAUCAUCCUCCACAUCAGACAUUUUGUGGCUUCAUCGACUUGUUGCAGAAUUUCACACUCAAACCAAUCCUACGGCAAUCUUCUGCGACAACACCUCCGCCAUUGUCCUCGCCAACAAUCCGCCUCCUCUUCAGCUAUACAAUCACCACAGUGUAUCUCACCAUGCCCUAUGCCUUUGA